CCAUGCUAUAGAGCAUGUGGCUUUAAGAUCAGUUUGACUUGGGUGCUACAACACACGAAAGUGUCUGCUGGAUCUAUUACACCAUGUGAUAUUGAAAGCAGGCUGAAGAAAGUCCAGACAUUGAACCAGACAAGGAGUGUGUUGGAGAGAAGUGAGCGGCAAGAGCGAAUGUCACCAAAUGGAGCUAGACUGGCUGCACGGAUGGAGUUACAUCCCCAAACAAAUGACAGUCCACAUGCAGGUAGACACGAACAGAUGUAAAGGCACUUGAUAUACACAACAUUACAUGUUAUGAGGAUUAAUUAAAUGUUAUAUUGAAAAUGCAAAUGAAUCCCAGAGUAUUUACCCAUUUAGAAGACACAAGGAUACCCAUACCUGGUCUACCGCACAAAACCUGGUUGUCACAGCGACGUCAAACAGAAAGAGAACACCUGCUACGCUGAUCCUGUUAUAUUAGACACAUGGACACUACUACUGCAAAAUGACUGAUGACUGAAGUCCUCAUCUUGUAUAAAUACACUGCAAAUAACAGCCUUACCUGAAAAUAACUUAAUUACCGGAUACAUUGCCACAAGGAAAAUUUUACGCCAAGGCAAAGCAAAAAAAGGUGAGGUACAGGUAAGUGCUGCAUCUAUUUGUUAGUGGGAUUGAAUUUAGUUUUAAAUAUAAAUUUUUCAUUGUUUAUACAGUGGUUUGCUUUACUAUAUAGGGAUACAUAUAUUACAUGGGAUAAUUUAAUUAUAAUUAUUAUUAUUUAUUCCAUCAAAUUAUAUUACCAUGUAAAAUUUUAUUUCCAAGUGUUCAACUUAUCAACUCAGACUGCACUUCAUGGAAAUUUUAAAUUACAUUAUGAUUUUACAUGCUAAUAUGAUAUGGAGGAAAGGCUUAGACGGUGUUGUGACUUUAUACGGCUUCAUGGCAACAUUGUUUAUAUGGAGUAUAUGCUGCACUGCAAAAGUAUUCAAACCUUUAAGCGGUUUUCUUACUUACAAAUCCCACUGAAAUUAGGUUCUUUGUGAUAUUUUAAUAUUUGAGAAUUGAAACUUCCAAUUUGCGGCAUUGUUUCACGUAUUGUGAAAUAAGGUGUUUGCAAAAAGAUUCAGUCCUGUUGUAGAAGUUCUGGAGUUACACAGAUGAAAAACAAUUGCUCUAACAAGGAUACAAUUGCCCUACAAUUGGUCUCCAUAUGUGAAACAUUAAAAUAACUACCAUUUCCUGACAACUCCACUGUCAAGCAUAAUUAUUCUGGUUCUGAGGUGAAAAAGUGUUCAAACAAUUUUCUGGUCAAGUUGCUUUUUAGCCAUAAUUCAAAGACAUAUGUGUAAGUCAAGACUUGCCCACUCCUCAAAAAGAAAGAAAAACACUUAAGGUAAUGCAGGAUAGAUGCUAAUCACCAGAGAUCAGGCAUUUUGUUUAAUAGAAGUGGGAAUGAGUGGUGCAAAUUUUACCAGGAGAAUGAUACCAAAUGCAGACUCAAAUUUACAUUGAAAUGGCUUGAGAACAAAAAGCUGAAUGUUCAGCAAAGGGCCAGUCAAAACCCUGAUCUCAGUCCAACUGAUGAUCUGUGACAGAUUUCGAAAAUUGCAGUGCAUCAGUGUUAUCUGACUAACCAGAACAACCUGUGGUGCAAAUCUGCAUAGAAGAAUAAGCCAGAAUCAAACCUGAACAGUGUGUGCUGCAAGCUGGUCCAAAAUAUCAUAAUUGUUAAUAUUGUUAAUGAUAUAAUUGUUUUUUAUUUGUUAUUAAUUAAAUACAUUUUUACAAAUAUUUUCUAACAAAAAAAUGUUGCAAUAGUAAUAAUAAGCAAAAGUGUCAGUAUUUUAUAUUAAUAGUUUCAGAUUGGCUAAUUAAAAUAUCAAAGAGAUAUAAAACUGAAUAUGUUUAUAAUGUUCUGUGUUGGUGUUUUUUGUUUGUUAAACUCUGAUUCAUUCCCUCAGUGAGGUAAGUCAAGAGUGCAGUGCUAGUGUUGGCCUGUCCGGUAUGUGCACACAACUUGGAUCCAGACUACACACAUACACAAGCACUAACGCAAACUUACAAACACUCAUAGGUGGCUCAUAUACCAGCACACUUAGCUGGCCCCUGGCCUCCCCGUGCCCCUUGCCAGAACCCCAAUAGCUAACAUGUCCCCUAAAUCAUAUCCCUUUCCACAUACACACACUGUCUCUCAUGUACACCAAUACACGUAUAGUCUUGACUUUAAUAUGAGAUAUCCAAUCACUCUUAAACCCUGAUCCCAAACCCCUCUAAACGUAUUUUAUUUUGAUGUUUUUAUGUGCAAAAGGGACUCCUGACACAUUAACCUCUCCAGGGCAUGUCUAACCCUUCUCCAUUUCCAAGGGAAACUACACCGUCUGCAAAUACACCGUUACCCAAUCAUCCCUGAAACUAAAGCUAAACUCGAGGUUACAGGACGACACUUAACAUUGUGGUUUACAGAUUCUGCCGGAUGUGACUGCUGUGGAACAAAGGCGUCACUUUAACAGAAAUAGGAUAUAAAAAAACCUUUUUGUGCUUAGGUAGUUUUAUUUUAUUUUAUUAUUUUAUUUUAUUUUAUUUAUUAUAUUCCGGAAUAAUCACUGAAAAUGGUUUGAUUUUAAAUUAAUCUCACGUAACUCAGAUGUAGAUUAUUGUCUAUUGUGUCCAAUGUCAUUAUCAGGCAUCAUUAUUUUUAAUAUUUAUUGUGUGCAUAUAUAAUAGUCAAUUCUAUUUUAUCCUCUCAUAUUUUAUUGCAUUCUAUUUAACUCUUAAUACAUCAAUUUUCCCCAGCUUCUCCCUUAGCAUAUUAAUAUUUCUCUUCAUUUGUCCACAACUUUUCUUCUUUCUUGUUUAUUUUCCUUUUCUCUCAUCUUCUCCCCAGCUUCUUUCCGCGUUUCCCCUUUGCAGUAUGCCAGAGAAAGUGUGUAAGUUUCAAGGUCAGUGUUAUCACAAGCUGAAGAGAUCAUGUCUGAGGCGAGGGGCUCUGUUCCAAGACCCAUUCUUUCCUCCUUCAGCUGAGUCACUGUUCUACAAAAGGACACCCCCUCCAGGACUGACGUGGAAGAGACCUAGGGAACUGUGUAAAGAUCCUCGACUAUUUGUGGAUGGAAUCAGCACAAGGGAUCUGCACCAGGGCAGUCUGGGUAACUGCUGGAUGGUGGCAGCCACAUCAUGUUUGGCAGCAGAAUCCUCACUCUGGAAGAAGGUGAUCCCAGACCAUGCUGAACAGGAGUGGCACCCAAAGCGCCCAGAUCUGUAUGCUGGAAUUUUUCACUUCCGUUUCUGGCGACUGGGCCAGUGGACAGAUGUCGUGGUCGAUGACCGUUUACCAGUCAGUGAGGAUGGAACGCUGCUCUUUUGCCGUUCUGCAACUCCACGGGAAUUCUGGAGCGCUUUGUUGGAGAAAGCCUAUGCCAAGCUAAAUGGGUGUUAUGAGGCUUUAGAGGGAGGUAAUACAGCCGAAGCCCUAGUUGAUUUUACUGGUGGCGUCUCUGAACCAUUGAGUUUGAACCAGGAGGAGCUGAUCCAGCAUGCUGACCAGAGAAAAAUGCUGUUUCAGACACUAGCACAAGCACACAGCCAUAAAGCACUCAUCACCUGUUCCAUUCGGCCAGCAGAAGGAGAGCAGGUAGAAUCAGUUCUAGACUGUGGACUGAUAAAGGGUCAUGCAUACGGUGUGACUGCAUUCAAAAAACUUCGUAUGUCAGAGACUCUGAUUGGCAUGUGUAACGCAACUCGUUUGCAAAUGGUCCGGAUGAGGAACCCUUGGGGCACAGCAGACUGGACAGGAGUGUGGAGUCUGGGGUCUUCUCAGUGGCAGCAGCUAAGCCGCAGAGAACGGGAGAAGAUGGGCCUUGUUGUCCAAGAUGUUGGAGAGUUUUGGAUGGAGUUUGAGGACUUCUGCCGUUACUUCACAGACAUGGUAGUUUGCAGGUUGGUGGAAAAAUCCCUUCUCUGGCCACAGACCCACUGGAGGGAGGUGUGCUGCCAGGGCGCCUGGACCUAUGCAUCUGGGAUCCAACCUCCUCCCUCAUCUUCUUGUCAUCUGAACAUCAAGAACCAGAGGCCUUCAACAGGGCUUCAAUGGUCCAAACAAAGGCCAGCUCAAAGACAAGACAAAAAGGAACAAAGACUGAGUGAAAGGCAGAAAGAGGGACAAAUCCAAAGAGAAAAACAGAAAAAGAAAGAGAAAGUAGAAGUAAAAUCAAAGCAAAUUAAGGGAAGAAGAGAGCAUGUGAAAAAACAGGCAGAAGGCAUGGAGAUUAGAUGGGAGAGGCAAAUUGACAGAAGAAGUCGAUGUGGAGGAUGUAUCAAUCACAGAGACACAUUUCUAUACAACCCACAGUUCCUUUUUGAACUGGUUGGAGAUGGGGCAGAGGUGUUGAUAUGUUUGCAACAGGAGGACAGGAGGAUGAAAAGGAGGGAGGGAAGUGGGGAGAACUUACCAAUCGGCUUUGAGGUUCUAAGGGUGGAGGUGAAUCGUGUUUGUCGUGUACAGUGUUUAUGUGAGCAGGCUGCUAGCUCUGUGUAUAUGGACUCCCGUAGUGUUACUCUGCGAGCGACUCUUGGUCCUGGACGCUACGCCAUCCUCCCCACUACUUUCCAGCCUGGUGCCACUGGUCGGUUCCUUCUGCGUUUUUUCUCACACUCACAUGUGCACCUCAGGGAGCUGAAGGAAGAGCUACCUGCUCCUUCAUUGUGGCAUUGUUGUUUUCCUGAGCCCAGCGCUGUAACGACAGUCCAUCUGCUCAAAGCCUCUGGCCUUAGCCAUCCCAAACAAACAGCUCCUGAUGUAUAUGCUGUCAUCCGUUGCGAGGAAGACUCUGUGAGGACUAAAAUUGUCAAAAAAGAUGGAAGUCCUGAAUUCAACACCAAGGCCAUCUUUUAUAGCAGGAACCCAAAGUCCAAAAUAUCCAUUGAGCUGUGGAAAAGAGGUUUGCUGUUGGACACGUUCCUGGGAGGAGCACGAAUUCAGACAGGAGGACAUGAACGCUGUCAAAACAGAGUGAUUGAUUUACAGGGUGGCCAAUCGCGAGGCUGUGUUUUUAUAGAGACUUCCUCCAGCCAGUGCCUGACAGAUCUGUGACUUACUCAAGGUAAUGACUGAUGAUGUAUCAUCAAUGGACUGAACAUCAGAAACAGCUACAUUUCUGCCAUACUUCAGCAUAGAACGACAAACUUCUGGAGCAACCUGGGGUUAUGUGCUUUGCUCAAGGGCACAGUGGUGAUGGAUUAAUGAAUUAUAUCUGCUAUUCAUUUUGAUGCUUUGACUCAGUGUUAAUGGUUGGUACUGAUACCUCGGGAAGUCUUUAAGGGCUAUGCUAAAAUUUUAACUUAAAUUCUACAAAACAUAUCUUUUUCAAAUAAACACAUAAACUGCCAAAACAAAUCUUAGGCUGAUGAUACACGGGGCAACUUUUUGGGAAAUGUUGCCGUCAACAGGCAACCAGGUGAGGCACAAAGCCCACGACUGAUCUAAAAUAUCCAAAUAGAAAUUUGUUACCCCUUCUCAAUGGGAAAGUGCCCAAGCAAAUUUGCUCAAAAAAAAGUUUCCUGGCAAAAUUGCUCAAAAAGUUUCCCUGUGUAUCAUCAGCCUUAGAGUUUAAUAUUGAUCAGAAGAGUAAUAAACAUUUCAGUCUUUUUUACAUCUGUAGUGUUCUUAAACACACACACAAAAAUGAAAACGAAGCAACAAAUGAGCACAGCAAAAAAAAAAAAAAUCAUUUGAUUUUUAUAAUCUAUAUUUUAUUAAUUAAAAUAAAAACGAUUUACUUAAAGAAUGAAAAGAGAGUGAAAAUUAUUUCAAAGCACCUGUCAGAUCUAACCUGAGAUUUUUUCCACUGUGUCUUCCUGUAGGAGAACAGGAAUAUAAAAUGUAAACAGGGUUUUUUUCCCUUCUGAUUUUCAUCUCAGGGACAUUGGGCCUCAUUUAUCAAUCUAACGUAGAAACAAGCGCAGAUCCGUGCGCACAAAUAAAUUUACGACAGAGUUCACAUGUGAUUCAUGAAACAUUUGUAUGUUGCCAAUCUCAUCGUACGAAUGAUCGCAUGUUGAUAAAUCAUUUGAAUAUCACGCCCUUAAAAACACUCCAGUUUUGAAGCCUUGCCACCCGGCCAAAAAGAGGAAGUAAUCUCAUGAAAGAGAAAUUGAACUUACUCCAAAAACACCCGUUAACCUCGAAACUGCAAACAAUUAGGCAACAUUAAUUUAUAUAAUUUAUAUGUAUAUUAAAAUACUGGUAAAUAUAAACUAAUAUUUUAAAUUUGACGGUUUUCAGAACAGAACAAGAAUGAAAAAUAAGUAGUUAUAAAAUUAGGCCUAUAUUAAACUAUAAAAUAAAACAAAUAAGGCUAUAGUGGCAAACAGCAUACAAAUGUCAAGCAAAACUCAUACCACAAGAAUCCAGAUGUUUCCAUUUUUGCCAUAUUUGUGACAUUUGGUUGCUUAACUAUUAUUCAUUAUGUAGCCUAAACAAGGCUUUAUACUUCACUCAUGUUCUAAUAUCCGUAUAAAAUCCUUCACAUGCACAAAAAUGUUUCUUUGGGCUCUGCACGCUGAUUUUACAGUGGACCUUUUAAAAUAAACAGUGUAACUUUUAUGUUUAGUUGACUGCAUUUUAGUUUGAUGAUAAAUGGCUGAAAUGUCUGGCAACGCUAGAACUAAUGUUUGUGUGUGCGUGAGGCGCCUGUGCGAUCAGAUGGAUUAAAUCAAAUAAAGAUAUAAAGAAAAGAAAUAAAAUGCAUUAAGAGUGUCACAAAAACUAUCGUAACCUAUACUUGUUGCACAGUUUGUUUUCCUUUUGUUAAUCUGUUAAUUAUAUUAUAGCCUAUUAUAUAUUUUGUGUGGUGCUAUUUAUUUCAUUCCUUUUAUAGUCUUAAUUUCAGUUUUUCUCCGUUCACAGAAUUUUUUGUCGUACGUUUGUUUCGUAAAUGAGGCCCAAUAACUCCAUCCUACUGAAUUCAUUGCAGCAUAAUGCAUUUUUGUAAUGUUGUUUGCACACAGCAAGGACUGGUUUAUCUUGAAAUGUUACUGUUUUGAAAGCUUCUGAAAACAAGUGCACAAAACUUUUCAUGGCUGUUUUUGAUCCAGUAAUGUGUCAGGUAAAGACUUUCCAGAACCGGACAUUAACACACAGGUGAAGAUGGUUUUACUGUAUACCAGUCAACAUAGUCAACUCACAUAGUCAACAGAAUGCAAAACUCUACAUUUCAGUAUGUGACCUUUAAUAAAUGCAAAAUGAAUGCUUCUUUUGGAAACAGGUCAUGCGUUUCCCUGAGUUGUAAUAUUAUUUGCUUUGCGUAGACAUCAUGGAUCUAAAGCAAAUGUGGAAUUAUGUGAGAUAUCCUCCAGUAUCUAAAGCAUCUUGCUAUGUAUUGUGUAAACCAGGGACUUUUACACUUUCAUUUUACAGUUAGUGAACAUAACUGUAUAUUUGCUCAAAAGUAACCUUUUGGCUGUUUCUGUCUGUGAUGGUUAUUACCAUUGCUCACAUUACAAUAGUUGUGUUGCAGUGCAUCUGAAAGUGACUGUAACGAGUCCAGUUGAGAUGAACCCAUGUGCAGUUUAUUUAAGGCAGUGCUGGAAAAUAAUGGUGGCCACACAAAAUAUUGACACUUUGGGCCAAAUUUGGACAU